CUCCCUUCCCAUUCGCAUUCCCGCCCCCCAGGUACGUCGAUCGCAAAGAAGAAAGACAAUUAGAGAAUAGAGGCAGCGUCCGCAAAGUCUCUACGAUACUGGUCGCGCAUACGAGCGAGUCAGACCACACAUUUUACUUGACCCAAACUCGCCAUUCCAAACUCCCAAUCCGCCAACGCCGAGUCGCACAAAGGGCACAUACAUACACAGAAGAUGGCGCCCAGCCGACCGUCCUCCGGGCCCGAGGCCCCUAAGCUCCCCGCCUCGGCCGACUUCAACGCCCUCUACAAUCGCAUCUCCCUCGCCUCGGCGAAGCAAGCGACAUUCCUCACGUCGAUGCGCGCAAAAUACCCAUCCCUCGCGCGGUCAACCUCCGCCAAGACCCCGUCCACGGUCGCCGCCGCCCCGGUCGCCACGAACGGUGGAACCUUUUCUUCCCUCGGGAGACCGGAACCCGAACCUACGGCGGCGGCGGCGGCAGCACCCGCGGCCCCCUCGAGAACACCCCGCGACGACGCCGACCUCCGCUUCGAGAACCCGAACAUGGGCCUCGGCUACGCCGCCCCGAAAUCAGAACAGGCCGCCUCGGCCGCGACGCGCGACCUGAGCCGCCGCCUGCUGGGGAACAAACGAGGCCGCGCUGAAGACCCACAGGCCGCCGCCGCCGCCGCCCUCGCGAAGCGCAGACUGCAGGACGAAGAGAGCGAGGAGGAGGAAGGAAGAAGCGGGGUGGGACGCAGCAAGAAGAGGAGGGUCCGACGGGAGAGUCCCGAGCCGGCGGGGCCAGAGCCGCCCGCGGCGGCCGCGGCGUCGGCGCCGGUGGUCGAAGUGACGGUAGACAAGGCUGAUGUGGAGAUGCACCAGGGAGAUGAAGCGCCCGCCGAAGUUUCCCUUCCCGACGACGUACAAGGCACGAAGAGGGCCGGCGCUGAGAGGGAAGACGCUUCCGGUUCGGUCGAGGAUGUCGCCGUGCCGGCUGACCCUGCCGAGUCGGGAAGUCGACCCGAUAUGGGGGAGACCUCGAAGAAGAGACGGAAGAAGAACAGGAACAAGAAGAACAAGGCGGCUGCGGCGGCUGCAGCAGCAGGAGCCAGCGAGAGAGAAGACGAGUGAGGUAUCAUGCCCCCCACCCCCU